AUUUAGCCAGUAGUUAAGUACAUUAAGUUAAAAUGUUUUGUUGUAUAUUUAUUCUUUUAAUGUGUGCUGUGAUUUGAUAAAAGUCGUGUAUCACUAAUUAAGGACGCAAUCAAACAAUAAUUAGAUGCAGCGUGAUCCUGCCCGGUGAAGCUGGAGAUUCCGAGCAGGCCGCGAAGCUCUCGCGGGAUCCCAUUUUUUUUAAAGAGAGCUGAUGUCAUUUGAAAACUUGACUCGCAGUCCCGAAUGAAGGCGGCGAGUCGUUCUCCGUCAGUUUCCUCUUCACGUCGGACCGAGCUCGUCAAAGCGGACCCACGGGAGCCCGAGACCAAACCGAGCCGAACCCGAACUCGCCGAAAGGGCUUUCUACCGAACCCGGAGCGGAGCCGAGCCCCUCUUCCAGCGGGCUCAACUUUUUUUUUUUUUUUUUUUUGGUUUGUGUUUUUUUUAAACUGCAGCCACGAACAUGAACAGGAGCUUCAACAAGUCGCAGCCGCUGCGGAACGCGGAGUGUAACGCGGUGGAGGUGAAGAGCAAGUAUGGGGCAGAGUUCCGCCGGUUCUCCGUGAACCGGGUCAAGCCCGGCAAAUUCGAGGAGUUCUACAAGCUCAUCCUGCACGUCCACCGCAUCGCCAACAUGGAGGUGAUGAUCGGCUACGCCGACGUCCACGGCGACCUGCUGCCGAUCAACAACGACGACAACUUCUGCAAGGCGGUGUCGACGGCGCACCCGCUGCUCCGGAUCUUCAUCCAGAGACAAGAAGAGGUCGACUACGCUAACUUUGGCACAAACACACUGACUCGUAAGAAGAAGCCGGUGGUGGCGCUGCGCAACAACGACAUCAACCGCAAACGGCCACACAUCCGCAUCGGCAUGCCCCAGGACUUCCGUCCCGUCUCCUCCAUCAUCGACGUGGACAUCCUUCCCGAGUCCCAUCGCCGGGUCCGAUUGUAUCGCCACGGGUCAGACAAGCCCCUGGGCUUUUACAUCCGGGACGGAACCAGCGUACGGGUGACGCCGCACGGGCUGGAGAAGGUCCCCGGCAUCUUCAUAUCGCGCCUGGUGCCCGGGGGGCUGGCGGAGAGCACCGGGCUGCUGGCAGUCAACGACGAGGUCCUGGAAGUGAACGGCAUCGAAGUGAGCGGCAAGUCUUUGGAUCAGGUGACGGAUAUGAUGAUCGCCAACAGCCACAACUUGAUUGUGACGGUGAAGCCGGUGAACCAGCGCAACAACGUAGUUCGCAGCAGCAGAAUCUCCGGCAGCUCCGGUCAGUCGUCCGACAGCAGUGGGUCGACGGGGUACCCGAGCUUACCCGCCGUGGGGUCAGCGGGGGUGAUGAGCUCCGGAGCGCACGGAUACCAAGACGACCUGGAGAGCGACGAAGACGGCGAUAUCGUCAUUGAGAGCAGUCUGAAGCGGCCGUCUCAAAGGUCCAAUGCGUCUCUGGCGUCCAGUGUGUCCCGCACGCUGAUGUCCACGGGCGCCUCCGGCCCGCCAGUGCCUCCCAGCCCUCCGACCCGCCCCCUGUCCGUGAUCUCCACCACCUCCUUCCACUCCCAGCCGAGCCUCAACGGCGGGUCCCACCAACAUAGCAACCUCAGCUACCAGCUUCAAAGAGACCUGAAACUGCAGCACAGCCCACAGCAACAGUCCCAGUUCGGCCAGCAGCACCUACAGCCUCCGCACCACAGCAGCAACUCAGCCCUUCGCCACAGCAACGGCAGCCUGCACAAAAUCCUCAGCUCACUGAAAACAGAGCAGCGGCACAGUCUGGCUCUGCCCAGGGGAGGGGUGGAGGAGGAUGGCACCGUCAUUACCCUAUAAUAAUCAUAAAGACAUAAACAUCUCGACCGCUCAGAGACUUAAACUGGGACACAAAGCCGGAUAAAUAUGAGCUCACGUGUUUCUUGUCACAUACUAAUUUUGUAACUUGUUUAUUUCACAUGGCGGUUGAUAAGAGGACGUUGAGAGUUGCCAAACAAGGAAACUGCUUUGUAUAUAUGUCUUGUAUUUUUAAAGUCGUCUUUGUCUUUCAUGAAAAGAUUUGUAUGUAUGUACGUAAUGAGCAUCAGAUCAAGUCAUUGUUUUUAGGCGAGUCCACUGUAUCCUAGCGUUCUGAAUGUGCCUGACAUGUCUUAGUGACCACUUUUAUUAAGCUCCUUUCAUUCUUCUUACUGGGACCAAUGUGGGUUUGUUUGGAUGGUUUUUAAAGAGUAAAUCUAUAUUUCUUAUAUUCUUAUAAAUGCUGUGUAGAGUAUGUUUUUAUUGGCUCUUUUUAUUCAUUGACGAUUGUGAUCAAAUCCUUGUAUCUGCUCCAAUAAAUUAUUCUGUCUUACAA